AUGUAUCUGACACAUAUCUUAUUGAUAUCGACUGUAGUAAAUAGUGUACCAUGCUGUGAAAAUUACGCCAGAACUUUGAAACUAUUCGGGAAUCCACACGUUGCUGUUCUGAUUUUGGCAAGGGGAGGUUCCAAAGGCAUCAAAUUGAAAAACCUUUCGAAAAUAGGAAAUUUGACUCUAUUGGAAAUAUCAUUGAGUGAGCUGCAUAAACUGGUUGGAGUCAAUUCCAUUUGGGUAUCGACAGACCACGAUCUCAUCGCAAAUAAUAUUGAGAAUGGGGAUGUGAACAUACAUUGGAGAUCUACGGAGUCAGCUUCAGACACAGCAAGUUCGUUAGAGGCCGUGCAAGAAUUUCUUCAGCAUCAUCGAGAAGUUGAUAUUUUGGGAUUGAUUCAGUGUACGUCUCCGUUUGUGAAAUCAUUUUACUUGCAAAAAGGAGUGGAUGCUAUGAAAUAUGGAAAGGAAUGUUCUUUCUCGGGAUCCAGGGCUUCUGGUGGGCAGAAGCAAGUACUCAAUGUACCGCAUUCAUGGCAUAUCUUCGGCCCGAUUGAGACUUUUCAGAGACUGCCAUUAAUUGGCCGCUUGAGUAUUUUUAUUCCCCCGAUAGAGGAGUUUUUCAGGGCCGUUGGUUAA